CAAACUAUUUGUCUUUCUCUUGGUGAUUUGUUAACGUUUGUUAGCUGAUGAAUAUUGUAUUAUAGAACAAUAUAUUAAAUAUAUAGAAUUUUUAGGAAUCUACAUAAAUUUAUUAUAUCAUGAAUAAUACUAAUAAUGUACCUCAUAUUGAUCGUGAAUUAGAUUUGUCAAAUACAGGCCGGGGUGUAUGGCUUGUUAAGGUACCGAAAUAUAUAGCAAAUAAAUGGGAUAAAGCUUCGGGAAAUAUCGAAGUAGGAAAGUUAAAAAUAUCUCGCGUACCUGGUCAAAAGGCGCAAGUUCAACUAUCCUUGUCGGAGGCAGUAUUGUGUCUUAAAGAUCCUGGAGAGCAGAGUAUACCAAAAGAACAUCGUCUUGACGUGUCCAAUGUGACAAGACAAUCAUUAGGUGUAUUUUCUCAUGUAGUGCCCUCAAACACAGAUGCUGUUAUACCUGAAUCAGAAAAGCUUUAUAUGGAAGGUCGUAUUGUACAAAAAUUGGAAUGUAGACCAUAUGCAGAUCCCACAUACUAUAGAUUAAAAUCAGAAUCUAUCAGGAAAGCUUCUAUGCCCCAACGUCAAGUUCAGCAAUUGGAUAGAAUUGUACAGAACUUCAAACCAAUCUCCGAUCAUAAACAUAAUAUUGAGUAUCAAGAGAAGAAAAAGGCUGAGGGCAAAAAGGCUCGUGAUGACAAAGAUGCUGUACUUAAUAUGCUGUUUGCUGCAUUUGAGAAACAUCAAUAUUAUAACAUCAAAGAUUUACAGAAGAUAACAAAACAGCCUAUAGUAUAUUUGAAGGAAAUACUGAAGGAAGUGUGUAAUUAUAACUUGAAAAAUCCACAUAAGAAUAUGUGGGAACUGAAACCAGAGUACAGACAUUACAAACAAGAAGUCCCUGUCGAAACUAAGGAAGACAAGAAUAGUUCUGAUAGUGACUAAAUCAUAAAAAAAUGUUUUAUUUUGUAUUGUGAAGUGUAGUUUUAUAUAUUGUUAUGGACAUGCCAAGAUAGUACUACUGCAGACAAGUUUUCUGUGUCAUGAGAAUUUUGUGAUUCUCUGAAUCUUGACAUUCUCAUUUGCAAAAUUGGACUAUUAUGUAUAAGACUGUAUGUAAUUAUGUUUAUUAUAAGCAAAAAUAUAAUAUUUUGUUAAUAUGACUCAUGUUUUAGUUAAUUUAAAUAGGUAAAAUAAAAUAAUACAUAUGUUA